UAAUGAGAAACUUUAAUCAUGUAUCAUUGUAUGCUUUCACAGCCAGAGCUAUUCAUAGUCAAGUGGCUAUCAUAGGAGGUGGAACUGCAGGAUUGAAUGUUUCUGCUUAAUUAGUGAGAGAUGGUCACUAUAUCCCAUAACAGAUUCGUGUGUUUGAACCAUAUAAGAUGCAUGCCUAUCAAACAGGAUGGACUUUGGUUGGUAGAUAAUGAUUAUCUAAUCAAGGUGGUGGUAUGUGUAAAGCUGAUUAAACAAUGAAGCCUAUGGAAAAGGUUCUACCUAAAAAUGUAUGUCUGAGUGAUUGUCCAGUUGUGAAAAUUGAUCCAGAAUAGAAUACAAUAGUGACAAUGGAUGGAUAGAAAUACACAUAUGAUUAAUUGAUUGUGGCAAGUGGAGUGCAACGUGAUUAUGCAUCCAUUAAAGGUAUAAAUUUAUACAUUAUUUAGGUGCUUUGGAAUAAUUGAAUAAUCCAGAAGCACCAGUAGGAAGUAUAUACUAUUAUAGAUAUGCUCAGAAGAUUGAUAAAAUGAUUAAAGAAUUUGAAGGGGGAAAACUAAUAUUUUCAGAACCACCUACAAAAUGUGAGGGAAUUCCAUCAAAUAUUGUGUUCUUAACUCAUGAAAGAUUAUCAGCCAGAGGAGUCAAAUGUGACUUCCAUGUAUACAAAGCCAAUGAUUCUAUAUUUGGAAUUCCAAAAUAUUCAUAAAUACUUGGAGAAUUGGCACAUGAGAAAGGAUUACAUUGUCAUCUUAAAAAAAGAUUAAUAGAAGUUCAAGAUCAUAAAGCCAUCUUUGAGGAUGUUGAAACUAAACAAUAAUAUACAUCCGAUUAUGAUUUCUUACAUAUUGUGCCACCUUAAGUAAUAUAUGCAUCUAAUAUCUUAUUAAGAAACCAGCUGCAUUCAUUGCUGAAAGUGGAUUGGGUGAUUCAGAUGGAUAUGUUAAUGUUCAUCCAAAUACACUUUAACAUGUACGUUAUGCAAAUGUCUGGGCCUUAGGAGAUUGUUCUUCACUUCCAACAUCCAAAACUGCUGCUGCUGUGAUGGCUUAGACUCCUAUUCUUAUUAAAAAUUUGAUCAGAACUUGGAAGUUGAAAUAGCCACCUCUACCAGAUUAUGAAGGUAUUAGAAUUUAAGAUGGCGUCAAGGUUACACCUCUUGUCCUGUUUAUACAUCAAAUAAGAAAGUGUUGCUUGCCGAAUUCAAGUACAACAAAUAAUUAGAUGAAACAUUCCCAGUCUUUUAAUCAUCUGAUAGUAAAGUCAUGUACUUGAUGAAGAAGCAUUUCUUCCCAUUUGCUUAUUGGCAAUUGAUGGUUAGAGGUCUUUGGGGAGGUAGAGAUGGAAUAAGAUUAUUCAAGGGAGUCUGAA